UAUAAAAGUCACAUGUAAUAAGCAAAACUGUUUAUUAAAAAAAAAAUUAAUCCAAACCUUUUCGGCAAACAAUUCAAAAUUCCUGUGGCAUUAGAUAUAUGAUUCCUGACCAAGUUUGAGAAAGAGACAUACAUGUAAGAGUUGAGCACGGGGGACAUCGUCGGAAGUAUUUCACAUCUUAUUCGGUUUCGCUGAUAUCGGCAUCGAAUCGGUGACUCGCUGAAGCGAAUAGAAUACAAUAGCUAAUUAUACAAGGCGGCGACUUCCAUAUCUCCGACUCUUCCAGAUCGACGAUACAAACACAGAUCAGCGAUGGAGUACUUCCUCACCACAUACAGCAAGGAUUAUAAAUGGCCCGUUCCUUUUUCUGGCGUGAAGGAGGACAAACGGCUCGUAAAUUUGGAGAAACAGUUACGAGUGCAAACGUCAGGCGGGGGUGACAACGACCCCUGCUGCAUAAGGGAGAUCCCUCCAAUCGAAGCCCUGGAAAUACCACCGGCUCAAUGUGGAGUCGCCCCGGUCGGGCCCGAAUCUAAGUUCGGCCAACCGAAUACUUACCUUAGGAAGUUGUACAACAAGUAUCCAUACUUGUACAACAUUCUGAGCAUAACUCCACCAGAGGAACUCGCAAAAAUCGCUUAUGCUGAUAAAUUUCAGACGACGUACAAAGCGGACUACGGCGGAGAAGGCUUUGCACCUUUGAAAUCGUUUUUGGCCCCCGAAAUGCCAGGAGAGAUAGAUGAAGAUUUGCAAAAGGCAGUCGAAAUGGAUAAAUCGUUCCAGUCACACACGACUAUCAGGGAUACCUUUGGAGAGGUCACCCCGACGGAGAGCAGAAUCUAUACCGAUAGCAAGACGGAAGGAUGUCAGUGUCCUGCCUCGCAGUCAGUCUGCACUUGUAAGACCCACUCCGAAAUUUCUCAUCGUGGGCAUGCUGCGGGAGAAGAUUUUCGAACAAAUUUGGAUGUGACAGUUUCGCAAGCUCCGCAAAUACCGAAGCCUGUGAGCCUUACCAAAAUACCAAGGACACCAAUCAAUCCUAAGAAAGAGGAAGAAGAUAAACCACCAGAAUACAAAGGUGGGAAAAACCGUCCGAGGCUUGGCAAGUGGAAGACCGAGUACAAAGACACCAUCAGCCGUAUGGGAGGCAUCAUCAUUGACAAAAAACUUCUCACGAGGUGGCCCAAGGAUGACAGAAUGAAGUAAAGGAGAAAUGAUUUUUAACAUAAUUUGGAGUUAAUUGCAAGAAAGAUUGGCCAUUUCAAUUUUAAAAUCACCCAUCAUUUUGUUAUAUAUAUUUUUUCCUUAAAAUAAAAACGACGACAUGAAAAUAAACAUAUAU